AAUAAAAUAAAGUAAGUCAAUUUGAGUCAAAUAGAAUUUCAGGAGCCAUCCAAUGGCAAAAUAAAAACUCAAACAAUUUUGUCAUAGAAAGUAAACCUCAUUUUUUAUGUACUUUGAUUUUUUUCGUGUUUUUAGAUUAAACCGUAAUUAAUUAAACCUCACCUGUAAUGUCUUUACCAUGGCAUAUUCCACUGGAGGCUGCUGCUAUUUACAAGGCCAAACCUCCUCCAGCCGCAUCAUCUUUGUUGCAGCAUUACUGCAAUAUGAAGCUACAUGAUAACCCAUGUGAAGAGUUGCAAACAGGUUUAAUGUGUGAUAUUGGGACAUCCAACCGAGACCCGGCAACCAUACAAAGACUCAUUGCAUCGGGUAUGACAGUAGCACGUCUAAAUAUGAGAGAUUUAGAACCUGAUGCUUGUGCGCAACUUAUCCAAAGCAUUCGUCAAGCCGUUUAUAAUUAUAGUGCAGAGUUAGAAUAUAUUUAUCCUUUAGCACUGCUAGUUGAUGUUAGAGGACCUGAUAUAGUUACAGGUGAUUUAAAAGGCGGGCCCCACUCUGCAGUAGAACUUAUUGAAUAUGGAACAAUCAGAUUAACGACAGAUACUAGCUGGCGUGAAAGUGGCACUGCUGAUUGUUUGUAUGUGGGAUACGAUCAUCUUACAGAAUUGAAAACUAAUGAUAUAGUCUAUAUCGACAGCCUUACUCCCGGGAAAAUUAAAUUAACUGUCCUAGAAGUAGGUGACGAUUCUAUUGAAUGUACAAUCGCAACUGGAGGCACUAUAGGUCCUAAAAUGACUGUUCGUAUUUCUCAAGUACCACACGAAACAGAUGUGCGUAGUAAACAAGAUGAUAGCUUACAAUCGUUUUCAUGUAGUGACAGCUCCCAACAAUCUUUUGAACACAUGGAACAACAAAUAGCAUGGGCAGUUGCUUCCGAUAUUGACGGAGUUUUAGUGCCAAACGCACAGAGUGCAUAUGAUAUUCGUCAAGUAAGAAGUAUUUUAUCAGAAAAAGGAAAACACAUUCUUGUAUUUGCUUGUAUUGACUCAGUAUUAGGAUUCGAUAGUAUCGAAGAAAUCUUAACAGAAGCCGAUGGAAUUUAUAUUGACCGCGGAGUUCUAAGUACUGAUUUACCAGUAGAAAAAAUAUUUAUUGCUCAGAAAAUUAUUCUAGCCAAAUGUAAUGAAAUGGGCAAACCAUGUAUAAUCAAAGCUGUUAUAAAUGAACAGAUACCAACGUUAUGCGUAACAGAUAUAGCUAACUUAGUCCUUGAUGGGGCCGAUGUUCUUUGUUUAGAACUUCAUUACGAUUCUCCUUUAAAGAAAUUUGCUCCUACUUAUGACGCAAUACGUAUGGCUGAACAUUGCAUAGCUGCAGCAGCAGUUAUCUGUCGACAUUCAGAAAGAAUUAUCUGGCAACCUAGAGUCUAUGGAAACGUUGAAUUGAUGCAGAGUCCACUUCAAGAACCCACUAAAUCCGUAUGUGUAGGUGCUGUCGAGCUAGCAAUGCGUUCAAGUGCUGUUGUUAUCAUAUGUUUAACAAAUUCUGGCCGAACUGCUAAAAUUUUAUCACACGCAAAACCGGCUUGUCCGAUAAUAGCUGUGACCAGAGCAUGUCACACUGCAAGGCAACUCCGUUUCUGGCGUGGCGUGAGAGCCAUACAUUAUUUUGAAGUGGCUAAAGGAAAUUGGACCUCUGAGACAGACGCCAGGGUUCAUACAGCGCUGGAUUAUUGUAAAGCUAAACGGAUAUUACGUGCCGGCGAUGCGUAUGUAAUUGUUACCGGUUCGCGUCGAGGAGUGGGCUAUUGCGAUUCAGUUCGCCUUUUGUAUGCAAGUGCCCGAGAUACAGUAAAUGUCGAGUAAUUUUGUUUUCCCAUGUUAUUUUAUGUUUAUUUUGUACUGUAAAAAUAAUAUUUUAUAUUACUUGAAAUGUAUUAUUAUUAUUGUAUAAUUAUAUAUAUAAACAUUAA